GAAAACUUUUAUAACUAAGCUCAUGCAUCGAUUUUAAAUCCAACAGAGCAGCAUUGUAAUUGGUGCUCUGAGCUGGGAGGAAAUCCAGUGCACAUCAUCAGACAUGGCGACUAGCAGCAUGCAUGACAGCUGCAAGCAAUGUUUGGACCAGAUAAACCAGUACAGCCCAGUAUAAGUCUGAAUAGCUGUUUUCUUUUCCUUUCUUCUUCUUUUUUCCAGCAGGAAGUGCAACUAGCUUUUCCAUUAUUUCUGUAGUGUGCAUUGCAGGUACUUUGUCUGUCUGUAUCAUCAUCAUGUCGGAUGUGCAGGGAUUUCACAUUAACUCUCCUCUCAUCGAGAGCUUUGGCAUGUCCACGCGACUCGGAUCCCCAGUUUAUUUGAAGAUGGAAAGCGUCCAACCUUCUGGUUCGUUUAAAAUCAGAGGGAUCGGACACCUAAUUCAGCAGCUUGCAGGUUCAAAUUCAAAUGGUGUAGUCUGUUCUUCAGGUGGAAAUGCAGGCUUGGCUACAGCCUACACAGCACGCAAGCUCAACAUUCCAGCCACCAUCAUAGUGCCCUCAUCCACUCCUAAGAUGGUAGUGGAGAAACUGCAGGAUCACGGUGCCAGUGUGCGAGUCGUGGGUAAGGUAUGGGAUGAAGCAAAUGCUGAGGCUCUUCGUCUGGCUGACAGUGAAAACCUUACCUUGGUGCCACCAUUUGACCAUCCCCUGAUCUGGAAAGGUCAUUCCAGUCUGGUCCAUGAGCUGAAGGCGGUUCUGCCGUCUGAGCCAGGUGCUGUGGUUCUGUCUGUGGGAGGUGGAGGACUUUUCUGUGGAGUCAUUCAGGGACUGGAUGAAGUCGGCUGGGGUCAUGUCCCGAUCCUCUGUAUGGAGACUGUGGGAGCAGAUUGUCUCAAUGCAGCCAUAAAAGCUGGACAUUUAAUCACUUUACCAGACAUUACGAGCGAGGCCAAAUGUUUAGGAGCAAAGACGGUGUGCAGUCAGGCAUUCGAAUACAGCAAAAGACCCAAUGUUAUCUCUGAGCUCGUGACUGAUCGACAGGCUCUACAGGCAGUGGAACUCUUUCUCGAUGAAGAGCGUGUGUUAGUGGAGUUAGCGUGUGCAGCAUCGCUAGCCGCAGUGUACAGCAGCGUGAUACAGCGGCUGCAGGACGAAGGUCGUCUGUGCAAACCGCUUGGCCUGCUGGUCAUCAUCGUAUGUGGAGGAAGCAGCAUUAACCUCGCUCAGCUGCAGCACCUGCGCACCGUCUGCAAAUGAUCACAUGACCACACUUUUCCUGUGGUGGCUAGAGCACAUCAUGUCAUGAAUCACAUGCUCCCAUACUGCACUUCAUUAAUAACUAACCUCACACAACAGUACCACUUUCACACAAACUGCAGGACUACAUUUCCCAUCAUACUUGGUACUUCAGAGUUUCAGAAAUCACUGAUUUUUUAUUUUUUUUUUUAAACAAAACUAUUUGGAAAUUCUCUAAUGGUUUCCAUCAGAAUCCUAAAGGUGUCCAUUUGGAACUGUUUAAAUUGAACAUGAAGUGAAAGCCACAUUACCACUCAAGUGGUUAUAGUCCUGGAAACAUUGUUGCUAGGCAAAUGGAUGCUGAGCUGAACUUCCUAAUGGUUUAGCGAGCUAAUAAAUUGGUGUUAAAAUGCAUUUAUAAAAACACAGUGACACUGGAAACAAGACAAAACUAUCAAGAAUAUCAACAUUUACCUCAGAUGUGUUGAUAAAUUAUUAAAAAGAGACACCAUAUCGACAAAAAUCACACUUUAGCUACACUUGGCAUCAAUUGCUAACCCAACUACCAGGGGUUCUGUUAUACUGCUAUGUGUAGCUGUUAGAAUGCUGUUAUAAAGGCAUAGUGAUGGUGGAAACAAGAGAAAUGUACCAAGAAUAUAAACAUUUAUCUCAGAUGUUAGUGUCAGUAUAGUAUAGUGAAGUAUUAAUUAUUAUGAAAAAACUCCAUGCAACUCCAACUGUAUUCUUUUAUUUUUAAUUCUUCAACACGGUCAGCAGAUGGAGCAGCUGCAAUACUAAUUCAAAUCAUUAAAACAGUUUUUGUCUUUUUUGUUUAGUCAUGAGUAAUAAUUGUUUUCAGCAUCACAAUGAUAUGGACUGAGUAAAGCACAUCAAUUACUAUAAGUUUAUUUGAAGAAUGAACAUGUCUCAUGUACCUAAUAUAAUCAAUUACUAAAUAAAAUGCUUAAUGUUAUCA